AUGACGGAGUUAGCUUGGCUGCCGGAGAAAAUGGUGAGGCGAAAAAGCACCGCCACUUCACCACCACCACCACCACCACAAAUGGAGGAGCUUCAUGAGAAUAACGAGCUUACCGACGGGCAUUAUUACAAUACCACAAACACAUUCCAAGAGCUUGGAAUAGGGGACCCGUCGAGGAAUAUAGUGGAGAUGAUAUUUCGAGCGAGUUCAACAAACCCGAAAAAGUGCACGAGGAAGAUAAAGAGAGUCCUCAAGGUGAACAACUCAGUCGACACGUUAGCCGAGUUCGAAAAUUACAGAGAAAACGUGAUGAAAUCGUCGUACAAGAUGCAUCAUCGUCAUCAUCCAAGGAACAUAGUGGACGGAAACGAAUUAUUGCAAUUUUACGGCACGACAAUGAUUUGCUGCAGUAAUUCUAAGACGGAACAAAUAUAUCGGCUGUGCAGAGAUCCGAGCUGCCGUGUGUGUAGAGUCGUUCAAUCUGGUUUCAAAACGUGCUACAACACGAAAAACGGCGUUCGGGUUAGUGUGAACAGCGAGCAAAUGAGCGAGGACAAAACCGUCGUCAUUUCCAAGGGUAAGAAGAAAGUAAAGAGAGCAGUAAUUGUUUGUCGGACAAUAGCCGGUAGAGUUGUAGAGGACGAACAAGAAGAGUGUGAUUCUGUUGGAAUCAAAUCCAUGAUUCUGCGAAAUCCAGCUGCCGUACUCCCAUGUUUUGUUAUAGUUUUCGAAUGA